AUGAAACUUGACGAGAGACAACUUAUUAUCGCGGGGGAUAACACCGCCGACGACGUCUUUAUAAUCGAAGACAAUAUGUGCUCAGCUAAAGAUUCCAUCGAGAGUAAGCCUGAACAAGAUUUCGCCGUCUUGAUUGCUGCCAUUGAUACAAUACAAAGUGAUAUUUCUGUUGAUCCUGUGGGUAAGGAGUCCGAACCAAUAGAAGUAACAGAAAUAAAGUCUUCUGCUGGACAAGAGAACGUGGUGUACACCGAGCAUCGUCUGAUCCGCUUCCGAAACCAGAACAUUGUGUUCCAGGCAUACUCACCGCCCUCAAUCCCUGGGUUGAAUGCCUCUCAUCUGCACCAAAACGUGCAGGACUGUUUUGGUUUCGACAUGGUCGAAGUGGCCUGCAACCUGCUGAAUUUGGCGGCUGCUCACAUGGAGCCACCUGUUCAUGUGGACGAGUUCACGCUGCGAUCCAUUGCCGAUGGUUUGUCGGUAUCCAUGAAACACAAGGCCGACCCGGAGACUCCCCUGAUCGGACGGGAGAGCAUCGGUCGACUAGUGGCCGCUAUUAUCGUGGACAGGGAAUCAGGAAUCCUUUUGGCCUACGCCGUUGCCCAACUGGUGCCUCAGGCAAUCACUGACGGCAAAACUGGAACUAUGAUGGGCAUGAUGCUUUAUCAGGUUACUCGUGGCUUCGGCAUCGACGACAACUACCGUCGCAUCAUCACCGAAAACACUGGAGCCGUUCUCUUGUUAGUGAACCAAAUUCCAAAAGAUUAG